UAGAAAUGAAACGGUGUGACUGUAGCCACACAACGUGUUAUUUGUAUUAUGACUAAUAUUUCUUGGAAGUUUAUCUGGUUAUUUAACUAAAAAUAUUAUUGUUGUGUGGAGGCGAAAGCAAAUCGCAAAAUAAUUCUUCAGUUAAGUGCAAGUAUUGUAUAAAAUCGUCGAUGUUAAUGCUUCCAUUUUGUGUCAAAAAAGUGAGGUGGAUAAAAUAAAUUGGAUAUAAAAUGGUUAACAAAUUUGUUUGGCGGGAAAAUCAAUAAAUUUAAAAAUGAAUCGACCAAGAGUAAUCGGAGAUUGGAAAAUAAUCUCUCAAUUAGGAGAAGGUGGAUUUGGAGUUGUUACUUUAUGGAGAAAUACUGAAACAAACGAUUAUUUUGCGUUGAAACAAUGUAAAAUGCAAAUGCCAAAUAGUGUAAGCCCAAGACAAAAAGAACGAUGGAAACAAGAAGUGGCUGCAAUGCAAAAAUUAAAAUGCGAUUAUAUCGUGGGUUUUAAAGAGCUCCCUGAUAUGUUAUUGAUGGAACUUAAUAAAUAUAAUCCAUCUAAGCUUCCCUUGUUACCAAUGGAAUAUUGCUCAAAAGGAAAUUUGAGGAAUUAUUUGAGAGAAUGGGAAAGCCGCCGAGGUUUAUCUGAAACAACUACAAGAACGAUUUUAUCUGAUAUUUGUGAUGGUAUUUCGUAUUUACACAGCUGUGGUAUCACGCAUCGCGAUAUUAAACCUGAAAAUAUAGUUAUGCAACACUCUGAUGAAAGACUCGAAAAAAUUAUUUAUAAAAUUAUAGAUCUGGGUUACGCAAAAGAAUUGGGUAAUACUCUAAAUAGUUUAGUUGGGACCUUACCGUAUUUAGCCCCCGAAAUUUUUCAACAAGAUAAAUACACAAAAACUGUUGAUUAUUGGUCUUUUGGGUUAACUUGUUACGAAAUAAUUACUGGUGAAUUACCUUUUUUACCACGUUGGGAACCUGUUCGAAGAUUCAUUCAUAUAAAAGAAAAAAAGGAAGAUGAUAUUUGUAUUUUUACAAUAAAGGAUAAAGUUGUUUUUUCAAAAGAAAUUCCAAGAAAACUCUGGAUUUCGACAUGUUUUAAGAAAAACAUCGAAAACUGGCUCAGACCUGUUCUCCAAUUUGAUGGUAACAAAAGGGGCUCGUACAAAAAUAUCACAAUCAACGUUUUGUCACAAAUGAAAGAAAUUUUGUUGAAGAAAAUUGUUAAAAUAUUAUUUGUUUAUGAUUUAACUAUAUACAGUUAUGAAAUCACCGAAUUUUCGACAUUUAGAGAUUUAAAGGAACUUGUUACUUCUAAAGGUUUUUUACAUAAUCAAUUAGUUAUCUUAUGCGACAACCAAACGGAUUUUUAUAAUGAUGAUGAUAAGAUUAUGGAAUCCAUUGAAAAUAUUGACCAUACAACUGAAUUUUACAUCUUCAAUCGAAAUGAUUACAUAGACAACGAAAAAAGGAAAUCAUUCCCUAAAGUUUUGGAAAAAUUAUACACCCAUAGAACGGAUUUUAAUUCCAAUGAAACGCUGGAAAUGUGUUUUGAACUCCUUUAUUUUUUAAAAGAAGAAGAAUUAAUGAUUGAUUUUUUAAAUCGUGCCAUAAAAACCCAAAUAAUGUUUACGGAUUAUACGCUGGAUAGUUUUUUAAGUAAAAAGCUUUUUUAUAAAAUUAGAACGGAUUUGACUGCGUUAACAAUAAAAAUCGAAUGUUACGAUUUAAUGAAUAACGAUUUGUUAAAUAAUAAUAAUUGUGGGAAUAAAUCUCAAUUUUUAAAUACUUAUAGGAAAUUAUUGAGACAAAUUAAAGAGCUUAUUGAAAAUUUUAAUGGAAUGAGCGAGCAAUUUUUGCAGUUUAACAAUAAUAAGGAACCAUUGGAAACAAUGAUUAAAAAAAUUAAAGAUGAAAUGAAAGAAGAUGAAUUUAAAACUUUUUGCUAUAGUUCUAUAACUGCGUGUAAACGAAUUCUUAGAACUCCAAAUCCAAACGAUGUGAGUCAAAGUGAAUCGAAUCAUCCACCAGCCUACAAAGAACUUUACAACAUUUUAAAUAAUCUCCUUAAAAAGUUUCGAAAUUACGUUGUUAACGAAGAAAUGAAGAAAUUUGUUUCCUACUCAAUAAAAAUCGCAAGGAAAUUAAAACGACAUUAUACUUGGUGCAUGGCUUUAGAUAAAGAAAUAUUUCGGAUAUCUCAAGAAUUAAUGGAAAACCAAAAAUUGAUUAACCAGAAAUUGGUUUUAAAUGAUAAUAAUAAUACUUUAGGUUCUAUUGUACUUAGAAACAUGAGUUUUAGUGAUCCAUCUGAAACGAAAAAUUUAGUUCAUGAAAAUAUGGAACUAAGAUAUGCGAUUCAAGAAAGAAUAAAUGAGACUGAAUUAUGUUUGCAAAAUAUUCAGCGUGAAACGUUAAAGCUUUUUAAUGGUUUGUCUUCUCGUUACAGUGAUAUAUAAGACGGAUGUUGUUUUUAGUGGUUAGUAGAGAUAUUAACGUUGUUUUUCUUUUUAUAGGUUAGACUGUUUGAACAUAUUUUAUUAAUUAUACUUUAUAAU